CGUCAAAGUGCGCUGGAGUCUGGGUUUCUGGCCAAAAAGGCCAAGGCUGAUCAAUGGGCAAAGCUGUUUCCGCCUCCUGGCUGGGCAGGACGAACAAAUUGGGCGGAGCCACGGCUAUCAGGUUGGGCGGCGACGCCGUGAACCCAGUGCUCGGACCGGCGCCAUGUGGCUAACGCUGGUGCUGUUGGCCGUGCUGCUGCUGGCCGUCGUCCACAAAGUUUACCAGGGGCUGUUCGCAAGCGGCUCCCCGAACCCCUUCUCCGAGGACGUCAAACGACCACCCGCGCCCCUGGUGACCGAUAAAGAUGUCCGGAAGAAGGUUCUCAAACAAGCUUUCUCAGCCAGCCGAGUGCCGGAGAAGCUGGAUGUGGUGGUGAUUGGCAGUGGUUUUGGGGGCCUGGCUGCAGCUGCAAUUCUGGCCAAAGUCGGCAAGCGAGUUCUGGUUCUGGAACAACAUACCAAGGCGGGAGGCUGUUGUCAUACCUUUGGGAAAAAUGGUCUUGAAUUUGACACAGGAAUUCAUUAUAUUGGGCACAUGCAGGAAGGAAGCUUUGGCCGUUUUAUCAUGGACCAGAUCACUGAAGGGCAGCUGGACUGGGCUGGCUUGUCCUCUCCCUUUGAUAUCAUGGUACUAGAAGAGCCCAGUGGCCGAAAGGAGUUCCCUAUGUAUAGUGGAGAGAAAGCCUACAUUCGGGGUCUCAAGGAGAAGUUUCCCCAGGAAGAAGCUGCCAUUGACAAGUAUAUAAAGCUGGUUAAGUUAGUAUCCAGGGGAUCCAGUCAUGCCAUCUUAUUGAAGAUCCUCCCGUUGCCUGUGAUUUAUUUUCUCAACAAGUGUGGGCUGCUCACACAUUUCUCCCCGUUCCUUCGUGCAUCCACUCAGAGCCUGGCUGAGGCUUUGCGGCAGCUACCAGCUUCCCCAGAGCUCCAGGCAGUGCUCAGCUACAUCUUCCCCACAUACGGCCCUCUGGAGCUUAUGAAUGAGAAGUCUGCCCACCUACCUGCUGCACUCUCUGGCGUGCCCCCCAGCAACACCACCUUUUCCAUGCAUGCUCUGCUGGUUGCCCACUACAUGAAUGGGGCCUUUUAUCCCCGAGGGGGUUCCAGUGAAAUUGCCUUUCACACCAUUCCUGUGAUUGAGCAGGCCGGAGGUGCUGUCUUGACAAGGGCCACUGUGCAGAGUGUGUUGCUGGACUCAGCUGGAAAAGCCUGUGGUGUCAGUGUGAAGAAGGGUCAAGAGCAGGUGAACAUCUACUGCCCCAUCGUGAUUUCUGACGCAGGACUGUUCAAUACCUACCAGUACUUAUUGCCAGAGAAUGCCCGCUGUCUGCCAGGUGUGAAGCAGCAGUUGAAGAUGGUGCGGCCCAGCCUGAGCGUGCUGUCUGUCUUCAUUUGCCUACGAGGUACCAGGAAGGACUUGGGGCUGCUGUCUACCAACUACUAUGUUUAUUUUGACACAGACAUGGACAAAGCGUUAGAACGCUACUUCUCUACGCCCAGGGAAAAGGCUGCAGCACACAUACCUGUUUUCUUCAUUACUUCCCCAUCAGCCAAGGACCCUACUUGGGAGGACCGAUUCCCAGACCGGUCCACCAUGGUCGUGUUGGUGCCGUCCUUUUAUGAGUGGUUUGAGGAGUGGCAGGAGGAGCCAAAGGGAAAGCGAAGCAGUGACUAUGAGACCCUCAAAACCUCUUUUGCUGAAGCCUGUUUGUUGGUUAUGAUGAAGCUGUUCCCACAGCUAGAAGGAAAGGUGGAGAGUGUGACUGGAGGAUCCCCGCUGACCAAUCAGUUCUAUCUGGCUGCUCCCCGGGGUGCCUGUUAUGGGGCUAAUCAUGACCUGGGCCGCCUGCAUCCUCAUGUGAUGGCCUCCAUCAGGGCCCAAAGCCCCAUUCCCAACCUCUACCUGACAGGCCAGGAUAUCUUCACCUGUGGGUUGAUAGGGGCCCUGCAAGGGGCUCUGCUGUGCAGCAGUGCUGUCCUGAAGCGGAACUUGUACUUAGACCUUAAGAAGCUUCAUUCAAGGAUCCGGGCACAGAAGAAGAAGAAUUAAUUCGGUCAGGAAUGAGUCAGAGGAAUUCAGCCAGUGCUACGACAAAGCCUCUGACUUAGCCAUCAUGUCUUUCAGCUUUAGUUUCUGCUCACAUAUAGCACUCUCAUUUGUUUUUGAUUUCUGCAUGGUCUGACACACGUCUAAUAUAGAUCACAGUUCUUUAACUGAAGCUCUUCCAUCUGGGGCAAGGGAUGAUCUUUCACACCUUAUAUAACAUGCUAGCCUUUCUAAAAGGCCCACUGUGGGCUACUGAUUUGGAUAGCCUUAAUGUCUAAUCAAGCAGUGCUCUACGUCCCAUGCUCAUACUUCCUAACUCUGAACAAUCAAACCGAAUAUUCUUUUGGUCAGAACUCUUGAAAGUGUUGGUCAUCCACUCAUAGUGCUGUCCUGCAGUUGUACACUGUUGAGGAAAAAGGGUGCUAAUGAGGUUAAACAGUGCAAAACAUGGGUGUGGUGCUGAUUGUAUCUGUAUAGGUUCAAAGGUCUCCAGAUCCUGUUUCUGCUGGUUCCAGUGGCUCUUGCAGAAGGUGGAGAAAUGCUUGUGAAAGGUUCAAUGUGGUGGUGGGGGCUGGGAUAAUUACAAGAUAUAGUAGUUAGCAUAGUAUAUGUUAGAAUAUCUAGUUCAUAUGCAGACAGGCCCUGGGUUGGCCUUCCUGAUUGUGGAGACACUGGGUUCUCAAAAUGGCAGUACAGAGAUACCCUCAUGGAGCUCAGUACCUGAGCCUCAAAGCUUAUCUUUCAAAGAUAAACAGCAAAGGGUGAUAUUAGUAGUCAGGUACAAGAUUGGAAAAAUGACUUCACUGGGGUUGAAGCAGGCUGCAAGAGCAUUCCAGGCCAAGGGUAGAGCAGAGGACAGGUGCCAAGAGGUAACUGAAUGAAUAAUAACAAAGGAUCCUGCUACCUCCUAAACCUAGAACAUGGGCUGCCCAGUGGGGAAGAGGAGUGGGGCUAGAAAUCAGUCAUGUCCACCACACAGCUACAGAAUGUAUAAAGCCUGGGAAUGGCAUUUCCAGUUUACUGGUACAUAGAUGGAGAUUGGCUGGGAAGGUGAAUGAAGACUAAAGAUUAAAAAUAAAAAAUAAAAUGACCUUUCACUUAU